UUACAAAAGAAAUUGUCACUCUGGACUAGUAUGUGAUGAGUUGUAGUAUUUUUCUCAAACCUAAAUGAUGCGACCACGACUAGGAAGGGCGGGAGAAGAGUGACGGAACAGGAUUAUGGGUUAUAAAACGCGACGACUCUACCACUUCGGCGACGACGCUCGCCAUUGGCAAUGGAGGCGCAAGGCUGGAGCUCCGUGCAACUGACGGCGACCGUGAGAAUCCCGAUGGCGGCGAUCGCGGUGGAGAAACUUAAGAGUUUUCUUCCAGGGAGAUGCUCCUCCUUCUAUUGGCAACUGGGCAUGGUGCAAAGAUGAUAAAUUGCUGAAGACCCAAUCCAACCUGUUUCAUCCAUUUUUUUAGAAAUACUCCAUACGACCAAAAAGCCUUGAAGUUGUUGUGCCACCCAGCAGUUCGGCUCAGUUAACCAUUUCUAUGAGCGCCCACCUUCUCCUAAUCUCCUGCACCAUUUUGCAAAAGAUGGCAACACGUAUCAAGAAGAGAUAUAACCAGGAAGAAUAUCUAGAAUCUGUAUGGAAUUUGAUCUGUACACUAGAUGGACUCUUAUUUUUAUAGGUCCAAAAACAAUAGAUACAUUCCGUUAUGAAUUAUAAAUCCAUAAAAUAGCAAUGGAGGUAGAGGAUGACUGGGACUUGACCGCAGAAGAACUCGAUUCUCUUGAACGCGAUGCUUUCCAGAAAAUUGCUCAACUUCGCGACUCUUCUACCCCUCCUUCUUCUCAACAAUUCAAUCAGCACCAACACAGCACCAUUUUCCAAACCACCUUCUGCCAACCAUUCCCAACCCUUCCCACCAAACCCCAUUUCGGAUUCCCGUCCUCAAAGGUGGACGCUUUGCCUCAAGGGAAAAAUGAGCCUUCUAAAGAACUGCCGAAGUUUUCUGUCAAACUUUUUCUUCAUUCCAGUGGGCAUGUUGCAGCGAAAUUCCAAUAUGACCAGGGGCUAUGUCUUUGACCUUGAACAAGUUCCUGCAUACUCAUGCUUUAUAGGCUAUGUUUCAUGGCAG